GCGAAACCCGAAAAGGAAGAAAAGAGUAAGGAAAGGGUCAGUCAGUCAGUCAAUAACUAGAGGGAGCCACGUGUCAACAUCAACCAAAGGCCCAAACCGGUCCAUCCACCACCGAACGCCGGACCCACCGCCGAGAUGGAGACGGCGUCCGGCCGGCGUUCCCUCGUAUCCGUUUCCGAAUGUGAAAUGUGAAUCCUCUCCACAGCCCAUAACAAUACAAAAACUUCCACUCCCCACCACCAGUCCACCACAACAAGAAUAAUAAACAAAGAUUAGUGAAGGCGGAAAAAAGCUAGCUAUAGAUAGAGAGAGAGAGACCGAGGGAUUGGAGCUCUGAAAGAAAUUCCCUUGGCCGAACCCUAAACAAGCCGAUUUCCAUCUCUCCUUUCUUUUCCGAAGAAAUAGUCUUCACGCGGCUGCGUGGUGUUUUUCUCUCUGAACUAGUGAACUCUGAUUUCCCCCUCUCUCUCUCUUUCUAUUUAUCUCUCUCACUCCACUCCAGGUAAUCACAGCCGCCGUGCUCGCCGGCUGCUUCUCUUUCCCUCUCUCUCUCUCUCUCUCUCUCUCCGCGUCGCGUUGAUUGUUUCCUCUUUGGGAGUUUUGGGAUUCACCGGGAUUUGAUUGGUCAGCGUGGGUUGGCUUUGGUUUUGGUUUUCCCCAAUACGGUCAGUGUGAUUUUGGUGAUUUUUGCGAAGAGACGGGGAUGCUGCUUUCCCCAAUCUCGUUUGACGCGUGGGGAAAACGAUUUCUUUGAUUGCUUUACUUAUAAAAAGAGAAAACAAAAGACGUAGGAGAGAUCAGGCUGCUUUUGGGUGUUCGAUUUUGGGGGUCGUCGAUUCGAUUGUGGGCAGCUGGGACAAGUUAUGUUGGCUUCUUUCUGGAAACCCGAUUCGAAAAUUUGCAGGCGUGUUCGAGAAACCCUCUAGCAUCUUUCUAGACCAUCCCUCUUCUGCUUUGCACUUGCUUGAGCUGUAAUUUCGGUAUUCUCCUACGUGGGUUCAUCGGUUUGUCAGAUAUCUGUUUGGAUCUAGAUCUAGAUGUAGACUCCUUAUUAAUGGCGUUGCAUCUCCAGCUAUAGGUUGUGAAAGGCUAGAGUGUGUGUCUGGGCCAUAUCUGCUUGAUCCGUACGGUGUCAAUUAAUUGCAGUGUAAAUGCUCUCUCGCUUCUGAGUUUCCGAGUUCAGAUUUUGUUUUGCCUUUUCCUUUGCAGGUCCUGGGUAAUUGAAGCUUCGUUCUCUUCGAACAGGGUUGGAGUUAUUGUUAUUUGAAGUGGGAUUUGUUUGGAUAGGGGCGCACAUGAAGUAAUACCCUGAGUUAUUUUGGUGAAAGUGUAGCAGGACGAGGGUGUUACAUAGCUUCCGAGGAAAUGCCAGUUUCUGGAAAGGAAGAGUCUGGGGUUAAACCUUUUGCCCGGCAGCCUAGUUUUGAUAUUUCAGGUGUUCCUAUCAAGAAAAGGAGGUUCUUUCGCCAUCCCUCACCUACACCUGAAGAACAACCCUCUUCAGUUUCUCCAAAGAAUGGUUCUAUACAGCCUGUUAGCUCUACAUAUGGUUCUGCUCCUUUAAAUCCUAAAUUUGCGGGUAGUGCGUCUGGUUUGUCUGAUGCAACAAAGAAAAUCCCUGACACGGCUAUACCUACCAGUGUUAAUAAUAGCUCAUUGGUCAAAAGUGAGGCAUCAUGUGGUGAAGUUAUUUCCGAUUCUUUGGCUCCUCUUGGUAGUGAGAAUAAGCCUGUGGAAGCUGAGGCUCUUGAUAAAAUUUCUGUUAUUCCUGCAACCAAUGAGUUGAAGUCAGCACCUGUUCCACCUAAUCCAGGUGAGGUUACUGUUAAGAAGCAAGUGCCAGCUGGGAAGUGUAAACCUGGGGUGUCUGCUGUUUCUGGGAACCUUGAAUUGUCUUUAGGCUUGAAAGAACACCAUGUUGCUGAUAGUAACGAUGGAAGUAGUCACAGACAGGGAAAUGAAGAGUCUAUUUCUUUGAAUAUAUCUUCGAGCAAGGCAGGAACCAGCACCCAGUGCAAGAAAGAUGAUAUGAAGUUGACUUCUGAUGGUGGUAGUAAAUCUGCUGAUAGAUUAAACUGGGACUUGAACACUACAAUGGAUGCAUGGGAAGGCCCUUUGGAUGAUAAGUCUGCAGGUAAAAUAACAGAUAAUGAGUUGAAAUCAGCAGGUGCCAGGCCAGAUAAAAAGCCUUUGAUAUGCCCUACAAAUGCUAAUAGCAUUGCUGUAUCUGAUGCAAAGAAUGUCCUAGAAAAGAGCGUGAAGCCCUUGAGUUCCUCUGGAACAGUUUCACAAUCUGCCACACAACAUAAUCUUGACAGUUCACUUCAUUUAUGCCUCAGCCCAUCCUUUCUUUCAUUUAGUGUCAGUGAAGAACCAUCAUGCUCUGUUUCCAACAAAGACCCGUGCAAGGUUUUUCCUAAUGCCAGCUUGCCCAAAGGGUUGUCCUCAGCUGGCAAGUCUGGCAUCUCUAAACCUAAGAAUGUUAAACAAGAACCACGUGAUGAGGGGACUAGACCUGUUUUCAACAUUCCACCAUCAGUUGUUAAUGGACCAGUGAAGAGAGAAUUGAUGGAGAAGCUUGCUCAGGAGGUUCUCAAGUCUGGAUGUUAUAGUUCUCUGAAAAUUAUUGGUCCUAGAUCCAUAAAGUACGAGUCUUGUCAAGAGGGUAACCAGGAAAUGCUCAAGGUGGUGGAGGGGAAGUGUCAGCAGCCAGGUAUUGAAGAAUCACCAAGGAUAGAUGAGGAUAUAACUCAGCAGUCUGGUGAAGUGCAGAUGAAGAACGAAAUAGAUUUGCUGUCUCAUAAAUCGGGUGCCGCUGAAGAUUUGAAGACAGCAGUUGGGGUAUCUCAGCAAUCAGGUAAAACAGAGGCACUUAACGGACUGGAAGAGGAAUCACCCAAACUGGCUAAUCCAGAUAUGUCUGAGGUGGUAGGAGGGACAGCAAAACAAUCUGAUAAGCUACAGGAGUCCCAGAGGGUAGACAGGAUGAUGGAACAAUUUGAUAAGGUAGAAGGUGCACUGAAUUGCCCUGGUAAUGACAUAUUAGACCAAUCUGAGAGACAAGAAUCGUCAGGUGCCCAGCCUGAUAAACUAGAGGUGAUAAUGGAACAAUCUGACAAUCGGGAAUCGUUAAGUCUGGAAAUGAAGGAACAGACUGGUUGUUCAAUUAAUAAUCAAGAAUCAUAUAAUCAGAAUGCUCAGUGGGGCAAACAGGUGCAAUCAGCCAGUAAAAGUGUUUCAUACCCGUCAGAACAGGUUAAGAGUACUGAUACAGUCUGCCGGAACAAUGAUGUGGCCCUGGGAGAAAGCACAACUGUCAAACAUGUGAUUUCUGAACCUGCAUGUCACGUUGAAUUAAAUGUGGUUGGAGCAAGCACUGCUCCUAUUAGCCGUGAUCAGAAUGUGGAUAUACCCAAGGAAUCUGAGCUGAAAUGUGUGGACGACAUGAGCACCCAGCAAUUGCCUGGAAAUGUUAAUGUUUCUGCCAGCGAUGAAGAAAAGAUCAAUUUGUCAGCUGAUAUUCUAGAAGAAGAUUCUUAUGAGUAUGAGUCUGAUGGCAAUUCUGUUCCAAUGGACAUAGAAGAGGAUGGGGUGGGUCACAAUGACUAUGAAGAUGGUGAGGUUCAAGAUCAACAACUAAGACCUGCAACUGAGGGUCCAACAGCUAAUAUUACUCAAGACAUUGGUUCUUUAGAUUUUUAUGCAAACCAGGUAAACUAUACAAGGAACACUAUGGAUGUCCAUCUUACUUCAUUCUUAGCUAAAGAGAAUGACAAACAUCAAGAAGGCUCUGGUGGAAGAAGUGAUGACAUCGCUAAAGAAUCCGUAGUUUCGCAGGUUGAUGGGAGAGUUACCGUUAUUGCUGGUAGACUUGAUUCUAUGGAACCGUCUUUAGCUCAAUUGCAGGCUGUAGGAUAUGUUAAGCAGAGCCCUGGCAGGAUAAUGCAAGGAGGAUCACAUGAUGUAUCAGGUAAGAAGGACGACCCGGAAGGGCAGAGCGCAGAACAAUCUGCUGUAACUUUUAGUGGCCAUGAAAAUUUGUCUAUAGUUUCUCAAGUUUCAGAAGAUAGUACUCAGACGGCUAGUUUGGAGAAGAGUGGUUCAGCAUUGUUGAACACAGAAGUGCCUUUAACCAGUGAUGAUGCUAAAGAUAUCAACAAUGCUGUUAAUAACCGGGCUAGGAUUAUAAACUUGCCUAAAGCUUCCAACAUGCAAUCUCCUGAUAAAAGCAGAUCUACCUCUGGCAAGCCAUUUCCAUCACGUCCUGGUAGAGAAAGAUUACCAGAUAUGUCUCUUGAUGGAGACAGAUUUCAUUCCCGAGGGAGGGAUGAACCAUAUAAUAAUGAUGGUUCCCAAAGGUUUUCAAGAGAGAGGCGUCAUGAUCAUCAUUAUUAUAGAAACAACAGAUUAAAUUUUAACCGUGGUAGAGGAAGGCUUCCAAGUCGAGCUGGCAAUCGACAUGGUGAUAUGGAUCCAGAACGUGAUUUCCACUCAGAUUUUUAUGGUGGAAACUCAGAUUUUGUCCCGCGGCACAAAGGUGAUACAGAAUUCAUGAAAAACAUUGGGCCUGAUGGCAACUUCAUUAAUAAUAAUGGCCGUGGAGGGAGAAAGAUAAUGGAUAAUGAGACAUCAAUGUUUCGCCAUUUACCCUCAAGGAGGCACUCUCCUGGAGGACGAGGCAUUCAAAUGAUGCAUAGGGUUCCCAGAAAUAUUGGUGAGGAAAGCUCUGAAGUUGGACUGAGACAUUCAGAUAAGAUUGUGAGAGGAGCCUACCCUGAUGAUGAUGAUGAUAUAGAGCACACAUUCACACGACCUCAGCCUCCAUACAAGGGGGUGGAUGGUCAUUUUGUUCAGGGGCCUCGCAACUUUUCAUCCAUGCAAAGAAGGGGUCCCCAAAUUCAUUCAAAAUCUCCAAUCAGAUCUCGCUCUCCCGGUCCAUGGUCAUCUUCCAGGAGAAGAUCUCCUGGUGAAUUUGGUGGGCCACCAGAAUUGAGUGGUCGGAUGUCGCCACCAAUUUACAGGAUGGAUAGAAUGAGAUCACCUGAUCACUCUAGUGGCUUUCCUGAAGAAAUGGGGGUUAGAAGACACGCUGGAUCCCCUCCAUACUUGUCGAGACCAAAUGAUAUGAGGGAAAUGGAUCCUGAAAGAAAUCAUCAUGUCCAUCCCAGGUCAAUGAUGUCGUCAAAUAGGAGCCCUAAUGGCCGGGCUUUACUUAGAAACAGUAGGAGAUUUGGUCCUGUUGAUCAUCGAGAGAGGGAAGGAAGUGAUGAGUUCUUUGGUGGACCCAUGCAAUCUGGUGGUAGAUUUCAUCAUGAUCUAGGUGCUGCUGAUGGAGAUGGUGAAGACAGAAGAAGGUUUAGUGAAAGACGGGGACCUAUUCGCCCGUUUAGGUCAUCUUUCAAUGAUGUCGAAGGUGAAAAUUUCCAUCUGAACUCAGAGGAUGGACCUAGUAGGCCUUUCAGGUUAUUUUCUCUAGAUAAUCAAGCAAUGCAGGAGAGAGAUAACUUGAGGGACAGAGAACUUGAUAGGCGUAUGAAGAAUCGACCUGGGAAUGCUCCUAGAAGAGUAAGGGGUAUGGAAGAGCAGGAAGGAAACUAUAGACAUGGUGGGCAGGUGUAUGAUGAUGGUUUUGAUGACGUGACUAGGGUGAAAAGGAAAAGAUUUGACUAGAAUAAAUUUGCAUAUCAUGUACCAGCACCUUGGACAAGUGUGGAUCUGGUGGAGGUGCUAAGUUAAAUAUCGCGACCAGCAGGAAGGUCUGGUUUUGGCUGUUAAGUCGGGACUGUGUUUACACUGCACGAAAUUGCUUGUACAUGGAGCCAUUAUAAAAAGCAGCUUUGAUAAAGAUUUCGGAACUGAACUAACCAGAUGAUUGAUCUGUUGUACAUAUUUGGGAUACCUUGGGUCAAUUCUGGAUGCUGCCAUUCCCUUUUUCAGUUUCAUUUAGCGAGCGUGUACUGUCAUAAUCAAUGGUGGGCAGUAUUGAGAUAUUGAGAGGAUAUUUUGCUUAAGAUAUUUUCUUGUAUAUUAUCUUGGGGGAAUAUUCUAAUUUCUCAGUUGUCUCCGCCCCCUACAUUCUGAUCAUAUGCUCAAGUCGGGGGACUGGCUGGCAGGUAUGUAAGAAGGUCAAUAAUUCAGAUUCCUGGAAUUAUUUUAUAGAGCAAUCAAGGGAAUUUCUGAAUGAAAUCUAGAAGAGCUUUUAACUUUCUGGUUUGUAACUUCAAUUUUCUGAAUCUUGCGAACUAUGUGCAAAAUGUUUUUUUGCAGUUGGCAGCCACAUGUGACAGAAGCUUUGACAUGUCACUUCUAGUUCCUGUGCCAUAUGCUUUCGUUGCAUAAAUUGCAGGUUGUGCUACUGCUUGCUUCUUAUCUGCUGGCUUGAGAAGAUAUCUAGGCAUCUGAAACUGUUGGGGUGCGCUGCCUCCUGGAGAAAAUGGACUUUGCUCUGCUGUGAAUUAACUUACUGGUUAUAGACUACAUCGGUCAAUGAGCGAGUUUGUGUCAAAAAAUCGGUAGCUUUUAGGUCUUCAUGCCUUCUGCUCAUGAUGUGUGAUAACUUCAUCAUUUGGUGGCUCCCUGUUUUACAUGUGCAAUGGUUGGAGCUGAUCUGCAGCAUUUGUACCUGGUGAUGACUGAUGAAGUCUCUCAGUUAUGGUCUUAAUGGUGAAACUUUGAGACGGUGGGAUGAUGCAGAGUUGGUGCUGUUUUUGUGGUGUUCUAUAGAUCGUUCCAUUUCCAAGUGCUAGGUUGAUUACAAUAAUAGAAGUAUAGGGAAGAGAAGCAUGAGAAGAAAUUGCAGGCAGUGGUGGUGAAGUCUGCGCAACUGUUUUCUCCCUUAUGGUUCCUCACCGGUUGUCGUCACCGACCGGCAACUCUCCGUUGGUGUGUGACACAGCCAAUUCCAGGGAUCUUGUGUGACUGACCUCAGGAAAAUGAUAUUGGAAAUAGUUUGAUUGUAUUCAUGAAAGGAAAAGAACAGCUUGGUCACGAGCUGGAGCGGGGUAGCUGCUGUGACUAGAUCAGUGUGGUCUCUUAGUUCUGCAUUUCAUUAACAAGAAACCACACAUUCGCAUCACGUCCAAAAAGCUUAUAAUGCUCAACUAUACAAGUGGUGGAGAAUGAUCCCACUUUUUUGGCCCAUCUUUAAAGACAACUAUAAACAACACCCACGGACCACGUCUACAUUGUGGGAACUAAAUAUACAACAACAUGAUCA